AUGUUCUCCACCGACAAGGCCGCGCGCCAGUCCAGCGGCACCAAGUCUUUCUUCCACCGGAGCAAGAAGGACAAAGGAGAUGCGGCGCCCGUACCUGACAACGCUUCGCGCCAUUCGCACCGGAGCUCCACCUCGACUAUCGACCAGGAGGACUACAUGAGGCACGGUCACUCGCAAGAUGGAAUCAAUAUGCAAGCCGGCGUGAUCACCAGCAUACCAUAUGAUGCUAUGCGACAAGAUCGCCCACCUGUGCAUGUUGAGCACGGCGACCGGCCAGUGUCGCGGCGGGAUCCGCUGCCCCACCACCUCAACAAAGGUGGCGGAGACUUCCACCAGUACCCAGUCAUCGAUCCGAGCGCCAUGGCCCCGAGACCGCCCACGCACGGCAGCAGUACCCGCAGUGCUCGGCAGCACGACCCGGAGACCUCGACGCUGAACGGCUACGCACAGUCGCGAAACUCCUCUGACCAUGGGAGCAUCCGCUCCAACUCCUCCUACGACCGUCGCCAGUACCAGUACGGAAAUGGUGGCUCCUACGCUGACCACGAGAGAAUGUCGCAAGCCACGACCUCGUCCCGCGACCGGGACCGCGGGCACAAUUAUCUCAAUGUCUCGAAUCCGUCCGCACACUCGAGUACCAUGUCCUUCACGCCUGAGGGCUUCCUUAUGCAAAGGCCAAGCGACGACAGGAUCAUUGAGAAGGAGUUCUUGGAGUUGAUGCUGAAGAGAGGAUGGAAAAGCUUGCCGGAACAGGCGCGGCGCCAGAUGGAGGCCUAUCCUAUUAGCAAAAAAUGGACCUUGGUCUAUCAAGAUCGGCUGGCAGAAUGGCAAGGAGAACAAAAGCGGAAACACAUGUCACGGAAUACCAUGACCAGCAUGCAGGGGUUCGACAUAGGACGUAUGGACGAAGAGGGCAGCCCGGAGUGGUAUGUUAGGAGAAUUCUGGACAACUCCAUAACCCCCAAGCAGCUCCAAAGCUUGUCAGUCAGCCUGAGAACGCAGCCUAUCGCUUGGGUGAAGGCCUUUGUGGAGGCACAAGGCCAAAUCGCUCUGACAAACUUGCUGGGCAAACUGAAUCGAAGGACCGCAUCUGGACCGACGCCGAAUGGUGGUGUUCUGACUGAGAAAGACAUGGACCGCGAGUACGAUAUUGUGAAAUGUCUGAAGGCAUUGAUGAACAACAAGUACGGUGCGGACAAUGCUCUCCAACAUGACAGCAUUGUCAUGUCCCUCGCGAGCUCACUCACUUCACCCCGUUUGAACACGCGAAAACUGGUGUCGGAAUUACUUACAUUUUUGUGCCACUGGUCGGAUGGCGCGGGCCAUCUCAAAGUGUUACAAGCUCUCGAUCAUCUCAAAGCUGCACAGAACGAAAAUGGCAGAUUUGACGCCUGGAUGCGAAUUGUGGAAGUUACCAUUGACGGGCGAGGGAAGAUGGGCUCGCUCGUCGGAGCAUCAGACGAGGUUCGCAGUGGGGGCAUUGGCAUGGAGAACCUGCUCAUGGAAUAUGCCGUGGCAUCACUCUUCCUGCUCAACUCCAUCGUGGAUGCACCUGAACGUGAUCUACAGCUACGAUGUCAUAUUCGUGCCCAAUUCGUGGCUUGUGGCCUGAAACGAAUCCUGACGAAGAUGGAGGACUUCCAGUACGAAGUCAUUGAUAAACAGAUUGAACGGUAUCGAACAAACGAAGCAAUCGACUACGAGGACCUGCUGGAAAGGGAUGGCAACUCAAUGCACGAUAGCAUGGAAGGCGAGGGUAAGGACCUCAACGAUCCCGUACACAUCGUGGAAGCCAUUCAGCAAAGAAUUGCGGGCAGCAAAGAAGGAGACUAUUUCCUGUCCGCACUUCAGCAUUUGCUCCUCAUUCGUGACAAUGAGGGCGAGGAUCGUCUGAAGCUCUUCCAACUUGUGGAAAGCAUGCUUUCGUACGUCGCUAUGGACCGACGGUUGCCAGACAUGGACUUGAAGCAGUCGCUCAACUUCUCUGUGCAGUCGUUGAUGGACAAGCUUCACACGGACUCUGAGGCCCGGCAAGCAAGGGAAGCAGCGCACGAGGCAAAGCUGAUAGCAGAUGCUGCCAUCGCGGAGCGUGACGAGAUGCGGUCUCAGGUGGAAAUGGGCGCUGAAGGACUUGUGGCCAAAUUACAGAAACAAGUAGAAGAGCAAGCGGCUGUGAUCGAUCUGCAGUCACGGCAAGCAGACGCAUUGAGAUCCGAGCUUGGCGAUCUGCAAAGGGUACGUGCCCAGGACUUGCAACGUCAGGAACUGGAGACCAGAGAGCUCUAUCUUAUGCUUCGAGAUGCACAAGACAUAGCCGCUUCGCAUGCGAAGAAGGAAGGCAAGAAUGGCGAACGAGCUGACCCAGCACAACUGCAAGGUAUCUUGGAUCGCGAGAGGCUUAUGGAUCGUCUCGAGAUGCAACUGGAACGUGCAAAGACUCAGGCGAAAUUGGAGGGCAAAGUCUGGCAGCAAGUCAAUCCUAGUGACAAGCUGCGAGAACUCCGCGAAAAGAUGGAAGGAGUUGGUAUGGAGCCUGAUGGUCUAGGCGCACACAUGCCAUACCUAGGCUCUGUCACCCGAGCGAAGAGCGGCAUCACUCGCAAGCCAGUUUCGAAGCCAACCGACGGUGAGACCGAGGACGAUGUCGACGAAGACAUGCAAGAUGACGAGGCGAUAUUCGAAAAGCCACGCUUGGUCGAAUACACGCGACCCAAGGUCCCAACGAACGUGGCUCAAGCGCAACAGGGCAUGCUCGCAGAACUGCAGCGUAAGACUCAACGUGUCGAGGGCAGCGAUGAUGAAGGGGAUGGAGUCACCACAGGGCCAAGCCAUCCAAGUCUGGAAAGCGAGAGCCCGAAGACACCAACAAGUACCGAUGAAGCUGCGGCUAUUGCGAAAGAUGGCUUCAAUGGUCCACCACCCCCGCCGCCCCCUCCUGUUCCUGGCUCUGGCUCUGGCUUUGAUGGCGCGCCGCCGCCACCUCCUCCGCCGAUGCCUGGCUUUUCAAAUGCUGCACCGCCUCCACCUCCUAUGCCUGGGUUCGGGGGUGCUGCACCACCUCCACCUCCGCCAUUACCAGGCUUUAAUGGCGCCGCACCUCCUCCGCCGCCACCACCUCCAGGCGUGGCGUUUGGCGGCCCACCCCCGCCUCCAGGAGCGCCUCCUUUGCCGGGCAAGAUGAAUGGCGGAUUCUUACCCAAGCAGAUGUACAAUACCUCAACUUCGCACAGUACUGCUGGACCAAGGCCGAAAAAGAAGCUCAAGGCACUUCACUGGGAGAAGGUUGACGAUGCGGAUCGUACCAUGUGGGGUCUGCAUACACCGACAUUCGAGCAGAAGGAAGAGAAAUACCAAGAGCUGUCGAAGAAGGGAAUUCUGGACGAGAUCGAGAAGCUUUUCAUGGCCAAGGAAAUCCGGCAAAUCGGGCAAGGCGGUGGCAAGAAUAAGAGCGACAAGAAGCAGAUCAUUAGCAGAGACCUCAUGCACAUGAUGCAGAUCUCUUUGGCGAAGUUCGCUAAUGUCGAGCCCGAGGAUGUCGUCCGCAUGAUCAUUCAUUGUGAUCGUGAGAUUUUGGACAACGGCAACGUCAUGGAUUUCUUGCAGCACGAGAACCUUUGCACUAUUCCGGAUAACGUGGCUAAGCUAAUGGCCGCUUAUUCGAAGGACUGGAAUGGCCCAGAUGCGCUCAAGGCUACACGCGAAUCUGAUCCUGCCGAGCUUACUCGCGAAGACCAAAUAUACCUCUACACAGCGUACGAGCUGCAUCAUUACUGGAAAGCACGUAUGCGAGCAUUGGCGUUGACAAGAAAUUAUGAACCCGAGUACGAGGAGAUCUCGAACAAGCUGAAGAACGUUGUAGCAGUCUCUGAGUCGCUGCGUGACUCUGUCAAGCUGAUGCCCGUCUUCGGCUUGAUUCUCGACAUCGGCAAUUAUAUGAACGAUUCUAAUAAGCAGGCUAUCGGAUUCAAGCUUUCCUCUCUGGCUCGUCUUGGAAUGGUCAAGGACAAAGACAACGAGUCCACGCUUCUCGACUAUGUCGAACGUGUCAUCCGCCAACAGUAUCCACAAUACGAAGGCUUUUACGAUGACAUUUCCGGUGUGCUCACCGCACAGAAGAUCAAUAUCGAACAGCUGCAAUCGGAUGCGAAGAAAUAUAUAGACAACAUUGCCAACGUACAGAUGAGCUUGGACAGUGGCAAUCUGUCAGACCCUAAGCGAUUCCACCCGGAGGACAGGGUUUCGCAGGUUGUGCAGAGAAGCAUGAAGGAAGCCAGGCGGAAGGCCGAACAGAUGCAACUGUAUCUUGACGAGAUGAAGCGGGUGUACGACGAUAUCCUGACGUACUUCGGCGAUGACAACAAGGACGAGAAUGCAAGGCGAGAGUUCUUUGGCAAGCUGGCCAACUUCUUGAACGAGUACAAGAAAGCGCACGAGAAGAAUCUCAAGCUGGAAGAGCAGUGGCGCCGGAAUGAGGAGAACAUGCGCCGCAAGCAGCUGAAAACCAGCGCUGCAACAGCUAUCAGCAGCGGCGAGCUCAGCCCAUCUCCUUCCACAGGCGCCAUGGACUCUCUUCUCGAGAAGCUGCGCGCGGCUGCACCUCAAUCGCGUGACACUCGCGAAAGGCGGAGACGAGCUCGUCUCAAGGAUAAACAUCAAGUCCGCAUCGCUUCUGGCCAGCAGAUACCGGAGACUGGCGAGAAUGUUGAAGAAGAUGUUGACAAUUCAGAAGGCCUGCUGAAGCCGUCGCGGACUAACGACUCUGAUCCCGCAUCGGCAGGCGAGGGCGGCGUCUCCGAGAGCGAGGAUAUUGCAGAUCGUGCAGCUUCUCUGUUGCAAGGCCUUCGUGGCGACGCUGAACCUGCAGAUCCACAAGACAACACGCUGCGGGUUCGGCGAAGAAGAGAGAGCGCCGAUGACGAGCGCUCGAAAAGAAGAGCUCGACGGCGAAACGCCGCGGGUGGCAGCGUUGAUCAGAGCGAAGGUCGUCCCACAAGCACGAUAGCAGAAGAGUCCGAGAAAGGGGACGGUUCUGCGGACGCGCCUAUCGUUAUCGACGAAGAUCCUGCAAAUGCUGCUGAAACCGCCGGUGCAGAAGACAAGAAGGACCCGGAAGCAACUCCAGCUGCCCCGCCUACCACUGUGAUCGUGCCUCCCAGUCCCGAUCUCUCGGCUCAAGACGACGAUGCCACGCCGAAGGAGUAG